AGAUUAAGAACUAUAUAUAUUCUUUUCAAUGCCUUAUAUCCAAGGCAAAUUGCCCAAAUAUUGCAGAUUAAUGUCUUCAGAGUUAGAGUUGUAUACAGCUAGACUAAAAUGUAGUCUAUUUGUGAAUAUUACAGCCUAGAAUGUUUUGCAGUAUUCUAUAUGCAGAUUAAUUUCCUAGUGAACCCCUCACUGUACAUGUACAGGGAAGCACAUAGUGCAACUUCUCAGACCAUUCAGACCAUGGGCAAAACAGGCUACAGUAUCAUUGCUAUUUGCAACAAGUAAAAUAAUGUUAUUUAAUGUUUCACAUGGUAGAUUGAUAAUGUAGAGCAUUCUACAUUAACAAAAGACACAAAGGCCUACAUACACAAAUACUACAGCAACUAACCCCCACCCCACCCCCCGUAAAAAAAAAAAAAAUGUCAUAACUUAAAGUUAUGAAAUGAAAAAUGUUUAGAUUAAGUUACUAAGAUUAGUGCUUAUGAUGUUUAUUAUCAUAAGAUUAUAAUUUUUACUGAUUAGCAGGUGAUAUCUCUGAUACAGGAGUCACUGACCGAGAGCUCACUGCUUCUGUGACCCAGAUAAAAUACCUGUGGAAGCAUGAUCAAACCAUUUAAAUAAACUGUAAUAAAACAGGUUGUUAAUAUAUUGAUUGUUCUGCUUAAAAGUACUUACUUUUAAUUCACACCAUUUUUGUCAUAAAAACAAAAAAACAUCUGUGUUGGGUUUUAGAAAAAUACAAUUUGUGAAAAAAUUAUACUAGUGUUUAAAGUAUUUAUAUUGACCCCACAUAUACAGUAUUUACAUCUAAAUGUUAUUUGGCCAAAAGCAAAACAUGCCAACAUUAAAAAAUAUCAAUUAUUUUAUGUACAUGUGGAAGUUAGUAAAGUAAGUGAAGUAAAGUGAAGUAAAGUAAACUGAAUUCAAUGUGGGUGGCAGAUUAGAGUGGCACUCUGAGCAUUGACCCUGGUAGUCCUUGGUAGCCUGGUACAGACUUGUGAGUUAACGACUGAGGUAAACAUGAUAAAUGUCAUUCACCCCACCAGCAGCCUCACUUCACUUCCACCGUGACUGUCACAGCGUGUGUCUUAUUGCCUCCACGUGGAGAAGCCUAACUCAGCCAGCAGUCCAGGGUCAUUCCGUUUUUUUCACCAGGUCAAGGCUGACUUGUCAUAGAAAGGGGAUGCAAUCUUUAAAUAGGAAUUGGUGACUGAAGCUACACUCCAUACAUGAUUAUCCGACCCAGAGAGUAGGUUGGUCUGUGUUCCUUGUUGCAGCAUCGCCAUUUGGAUUAAUUAAUUCAAUAUGUUUCCUCUUGAUGAGAUGAAGACAGACUGCUAUUGCUCGGGUUCCCAAGAUCAACACCCGAACACCAUCCUAUACAGUAUCCUCAGCCGGAAGGACAGUAGUUACCUGAACAACAACAACAACCUGAACAACUAUGCCAUGCCACACAACUGCCACUGUGAGCAGCGGAAGGCAGUUUGCCUGAAGAACCCUGAAGGUGCCUGUCAAAUUGCAUCCGAUGUUCUGGUCAAAACUGUGCGGUUCAUGAAAAGUUUGCCAUCUUUCAGUCAGUUACCCUCAGAGGACCAGCUAGCACUGCUAAGGGACUGCUGGGCUCCCCUCUUUCUUCUGGGGCUGGCCCAGGAGAGGAUGGUCUUCGAGGUGGCUGAAUUACCAGAUUCCAGCAAGCUGCGGAGGAUUCUGCUCAGCGGUCAGGCCCAGAGUCGUGAAGAGGAUGAUGAAAGGAGGUGCCUACCUACCCUCGCUUGGGUGCACAAACUCAGAUGCUGCUUAGACAAGCUCUGGGAUCUGGGUCUCAGUCCAAAAGAAUACGCAUAUCUAAAGGGAACGUUGUUGUUUAAUCCAGAUGUACAAGGACUUGGUGUCUCUUCACUUAUUGAAAGUCUACAACAAGAGGCACAGAAAGCUCUCCAAGAGGUAAUCCUAAAUGAUCAACGGGGAAAGGACCGCUUUAGACGUAUUCUUCUGGCAGCCUCAACCGCACAGACUGUCAGUCAAAACCUUCUAACAGAACUGUUCUUCAGACCUGUCAUCGGCCAGGAAGACCUGUUUGAGUUGUUAAAUGAGAUGCUUUUCAUUAGACAAGAAUAUAGCUGAACACAAACUUUUAAGAGUGAGACAUGUCUGUGUGUAAAUUAUAAAUGUGAAUGUUUUAUACCAUGGCUUUUAUAGCUAAAUAUGUAUAUGUUUUAUAGAAAAUAAAAAAAGUUCCUAUCACACACAUUGCUGUCAUAGUAAACUUAAUACAUGUAUUCUAUCUCCCCCUUGUGGAAGUUUAUGGCUGAAUGGACCAUAAAGAA